CUUUGGUAACGUAACUCCCGGAUGCUAACAAUGGCAGUGGAUCGACGGAAGCUGGUGUUACUGCGACGGCCUCUUCCUCCUAUCAAGCCGGCACACGACUCCACUAUCCGUCAGGCCGUAGGUGACGUGCCUGAGGAGGCGUACAUAUUGGAAAGACUGAGCCCCCUUUCGGGGAAGCGACCAUCAUCCCGUAAAUCCGAAUUCAGAAGCAGAGGCGGCGAUAUCGUUUGCGAUUCGCAGUACACAGUAAAAGAAUGGAAACCCAGAGGACCAGACAGUUUUAUUCCCAGUGUUUCGCCUCGAACGUAUCUUCCCAACAUGUCACUUGCUCUCAUGUUAACUCACGACCGUUCAUCGCCUCCUACUCCGCCGCUUUUUACUCUUAACAACUUCCAGUAUCUUGCAGCAAGAACUAGCUUCCAGUGGAAACGUCAGGGAGGGCAAAUUGCUCCAAAGGCGGCGAUGAUUUCUCGUGAGAAUUACAGAAAGUUGACCAGUUGGGCAGCCACUCAACUGCCAUCUCAAAAGGAGUUGCGCUCACAGUUACUGGAGGGAGAUCCACCUGAAAUCAAAAUAGGAAAACCGAGACACCAAGUUCUACUAGAAAUGAGAGCAAUGCUUAAUAAAGUGCUGGAAGACAUUGAUACUGAUACAGAUGAGAGUGCUAGUAGUUCAGAAAGCUCCCAACUGCAACUUGUACCUGUAUGUCCCAGUAGUGAGGCUGUAUUUAAGGGAUCAAGGAGUCGAUAUUUCAUGGGAGAAGGAAGAAGCAAUUCACCCUUUGAUGAGAAAGCAGAUGUUAUAUCUCCUGCUGAAGCAGCAGUAUUAGAAAGUCUGUUGGCUGGUGGGAAGGUUCUUGUACUGAAGGCACACUUCCUUCAGUCUCUUCCACAUUUGGAACCUCUUGCAGCCACUCUUACUGACCUUAACUUGUCGUUCAAUGAGCUGAGGGAGUUCCCUUCUCAACUUUUACUUCUCAAUCAACUGACUGUUCUCAAAAUGAGGAACAAUCCAAUAUCAGAGAUACCUAGUGAGAUAAGACAACUCCAGUGUCUUAAGUCUUUUUGUAUUUCAUUCAAUCUCCUUACAAGUCUACCAGCUGGGCUGUAUGACCUACAGAAUUUGAGAGAUGUUGAUGUGUCAUACAAUAGAAUCAGUUUUCUGUCAAAUGACUUGAGGAAAUUGAAGUCAUUAUGUGUGCUGAACGUUGAAGGCAAUCAGUUGUCAGGUCUUCCUUGUGGAAUACUGGAGCUUCGAGACGUGAAGCAAAUACUUGCCUCCAAUAACUUCAUGCAUCCUCUGUUGUGGGCUGAAAAGUCAGUGAGCCAGCCACAGCGAUUGUUGGAUCUCUCUGCAUUAUGUGUAACAAAUCACGGCAUUGAUCAAUUCUACAGCUUUUCUCUACCAAAUGACAUUCGAUGUUUCCUCAACACUGCAAGCACCUGCGACUGUUGUGGUGGUUGUCUAUUUGGUGAAGGGCUGCGAGUAAUUCAGUCAACGCACGAACCCAUGUUUAGUGUUAGAAAUAUACCUUUUGUAUUCACAGCAUGUUCGCCAUCAUGCAGAGACAAAUUUCUUCCACAAAAACCUAAGACUAUUGCUGUAAAGCAUUACAUUUAAGAUACAUAAGAGAAAACAACUUUGAAUAGACAAGAAGUAAUGAAUUUAAUUAAAGAAGGUUGCUGCUCCGUUAUCUUAAUAGUUUGCUCAAAAUCCAUUGAAUUUUAUCUGUUCUGUUUGCACCAUCAAUCCACUCUCAGUCUGUGUACCAUGCAAUUCUGGUUCAAUUCAAAUUGCAAAUUUAUGGAGAUGGUGCACACAAUUGAGUAUUAUUUGAUUACUUUCUAUCAUUUCGGAUUAAACAGAUAACACAAUAUAAGGCAAGACGCAAUGUCGCAU